CAUCUCUUUUCGAGAAACGAAUUUAAGAAGAGUGGAUCGCGAUCGAGUCGGAAAAAGUCUUGAGCUUGCGCGGUGAGAUCGGUCCUCACAAUGACUCUACACUGUUGUCUGCUUUUGCAUCACCCCCUCGCCGCACAAAGGAGAGACUCAAGACUGCGAGGUGUUCCUCGAGUCGACAAGUCACACAGUGUGAAAGCUUUCGUACUUGUUGCCUUCAAAAGUCCACAUCGAUCGAGACCACGUCACGACUCUUGGCCGUUACAGCUGAGGUGCUUGACCGAGCGAAGCACUACCCGGCUGUCCGCUGCUCUGCAUUUAGCACUCGGACUCUGACUCACGGGUAUCACACAUCACAUAUAUGCCCAAC